AUGGCACCGACCGGCCCCAUCACCACACCGAUAACGACCCUACUAGGGAUCCAACACCCCGUCAUCCUCGCCGGCAUGGCACGCGUGUCGGGCGGGCGCCUCGCGGCGGCCGUGUCCAACGCGGGCGGGCUGGGCGUGAUCGGCGGCUUCAUGUACACGCCGGACCAGCUGCGCGAGAUCGUCGCCGAGAUGAAGGCCAACUUCAGCCGGCCGGACCUGCCCUUCGGCGUGGACCUGGCGCUGCCGCAGCUGGGCGGGGGCGCGCGCAAGACGAACCACGACUACACGGGCGGCAAGCUGGACGAGCUGAUCGACAUCACGAUCGAGUCGGGCGCGCGCCUGUUCGUCAGCGCCGUGGGCGUGCCGCCGCGGCGCGUCAUCGACCGCCUGCACGACGCGGGCAUCUACGUCAUGAACAUGGUGGGCCACCCCCGGCACGCCGUCAAGGCGCUCGACCUGGGCGUCGACAUGGUGUGCGCGCAGGGCGGCGAGGGCGGCGGCCACACGGGCGACAUCGCCAACAGCAUCCUCAUCCCCGCGGUGGCCGACGCCGCGCGCGCCUACAGGCCGGCGAUGCUGCGCGGCCAGCCCGCGCUCGUCGUCGCCGCGGGCGGCAUCUCGGACGGCCGCGGCCUGGCGAGCAGCCUCAUGCAGGGCGCCGCCGCCGUGUGGGUCGGCACGCGCUUCGUCGCGAGCGAAGAGGCUGGGUGCAGCGCCGAGCACAAGGAGGCCGUCGUCAGCUGCGGCUUCGAGGACACGCAGCGCACGCUGGUCAUCUCCGGCCGGCCGCUCAGGAUGAGGACCAACGAGUAUAUUCAGAAGUGGCACGAGAAGCCCGACCGCAUCAAGGAACUAUGUGAUAGUGGUGUUGUCCCGAUCGAGUAUGAUAUCGAGGAGGGAAAUGAUGUGGACCUGCCGCACCUGAUGGGCCAGGUCGCUGGUUCCAUUCAGAGGAUACAGCCUGCGGGCGAGAUUGUGAAGGAGAUGGUAGCUGAGGCCGAGAAGAUGCUGAGGCUAGGGACCAGUUAUGUUGAGGGAGGUAAGAGCAGGCUGUGA